GCGGAGGGGGCGGGCCGUGGGCGGGCCAUUUCCCCACCACCACCGCCACCGGAGAGGAAGACGAAGGAGAGGCGGAAGUCCGGAUUUGGGGGCGGUUGCCAAGGCAGGGGCUGCGAGGAAGAAGGAGGAGGAGCAGGAGGGGGCUAGCGAGGAGAGACCCCCACCCACCCACCCCAUUAGGCCAAUCCCACCCUCUACCCCAGAAGACAGGUAAACCCCCCCCACUUCAAGCAGAAGCCCCUCCCCAUUAAAUCCCGCUAUUCUGCCCCCUCCAAGACCCCCUCUUAUUGGAGGCCCCUGCCCCCCAUGGGAGGAGCCCCCCUAUAGGCUGACCCCCUUCCCACCCACCCCCCUUCUUUAUUUUAUUGCAUGGGCUCCUUUUAAAAUGAAACCUUGGGCCAAGUUGAGGCUUUUUAAAUAAAUAAACCCCUAUUAUUUCUUUUUUUUUUCCUGGCUGCUGCUUGCGCCUGUUUUGAUGGGUCCCUGAAGCCCCCAGGCUAGGGGAAAAGGUAGCUUCUUCAAGGGGCCUUUUAUUAUUUUUUAAUUCUUCUUCCUUCCUCAUGGAGGAAGAAGUCCUCCCGAGAAACCAUGACCUGAGCUGGGUCCAAACCUCCCCCACCUCCCCCCCAAAAAAAUCCCCAUCCGAGGAACCCCGGGGGAUCUCGCUAAUCUUGGAUGGACACUUCCCAUCAAACCAUGGCAUCGGAAGAGGCCUCACUCCGAGCCUUAGAGAGCCUAAUGACGGAGUUUUUCCACAACUGCACUACGAACGAGAGAAAGCGUGAAAUUGAAGAGCUUCUGAAUAACUUCGCUCAGCAGGUCGGUGCCUGGAGAUUCUGCCUCUAUUUCCUGUCGAGCACGAGAAAUGACUAUGUCAUGAUGUAUAGUUUAACAGUAUUUGAGAACCUGAUUAACAAGAUGUGGCUUGUCCCAUCUCAGGAUAAAACAGAGAUUCGCAGUUUGCCAAAACUUCUUUUAGCUCACCAUAAAACUUUGCAUUACUUCAUCCGAAAACUUUGUAAGGUCAUUGUGGAUAUUGCGCAAGACUGGCCCAUGUUUUAUCAUGACUUCUUCACAAAUAUCAUACAGUUAAUCCAGUCCCCAGUGACAACCCCACUUGGGCUGAUCAUGCUGAAAACCACAUCCGAAGAGCUGGCCUGCCCACGGGAGGACCUCAGCAUCGCCCGGAAGGAGGAGCUGCGGAAACUGCUCCUGGAGCAAGUUCAGAAUGUCCUUGGGCUCCUCACAGGUAUUUUGGAGAGCAUUUGGGAUAAAUACAGUGUUACGGCCGCCACCCCACCACCAUCUCCGACGUCUAGAGAAAGUGGUGAUCUCUUGAGUAGCCUGUUGCAGAGUCCCAGUGCAGCCAAAUUACUCAACCAGCCAAUCCCCGUCCUUGACUCAGAGAGCGAAUACGUUUGUUCCCUGGCUCUGGAGUGCCUCGCCCACCUCUUCAGCUGGAUCCCUCUGUCGACCAGCAUCACCCCAUCCCUCCUCACCACCAUCUUCCACUUCGCCCGCUUCGGCUGCGACACCCGCGUCAGGAAGAUGUCCUCCCUCAAUGGGAGCAGCCAGAACGCCUCCUCGAGUCACGAACGCGGCCAGCUGGGCGUGCUAGCUAUGUCUUGCAUCAACGAACUCAUGUCCAAGAACUGUGUGCCUGUGGAAUUCGAGGAGUACUUGCUCCGGAUGUUCCAACAGACCUUCUACCUCCUCCAGAAGAUCACCAAGGAGAACAACGCCCAUUCGGUGAAGAGCCGGCUAGAGCAGCUGGACGAGAGCUACAUAGAGAAGUUUACUGACUUUCUACGCCUUUUUGUGAGUGUCCACUUGAGAAGGAUUGAGUCCUACUCGCAGUUCCCUGUGGUUGAAUUCCUUUCACUGCUGUUCAAAUACACAUUUCAUCAGCCCACGCAUGAAGGUUACUUUUCCUGCUUAGACAUCUGGGCUCUGUUUUUGGACUAUUUGACAAGUAAAAUAAAGAAUCGCUUGGCAGAUAAAGAAGCCGUACUCAACAGAUACGAGGAUGCUCUGGUUUUGCUGUUGACCGAAGUCCUAAACCGAAUACAGUUCAGGUACAACCAGGCCCAGUUGGAAGAGCUGGACGAUGAGACGCUGGACGAUGAUCAACAGACCGAAUGGCAGAGGUAUCUCCUUCAGAGCUUAGAAGUUGUGGCCAAAGUUAUGGAGCUUUUGCCAACUCAUGCCUUCUCUAUGCUGUUUCCAGUGCUCCAGGAAAACAUGGAUGUGUAUCUGGGACUCCAACAGUUCGUUGUCACCUCAGGGACAGGUCACCGACUGAACAUCACUGCGGAGAAUGACUGCCGGCGUUUGCACUGUUCUUUACGGGACCUCAGCUCCUUACUACAGGCAGUGGGACGGCUGGCGGAGUACUUCACCGGGGACAUGUUCGCAGCCAGGUUCAGCGAUGCUCUUACCGUGGUGGAGAGGUUGGUCAAAGUGACGCUGUACGGGUCCCAGAUUAAACUCUAUAACAUUGAAACGGCGGUGCCAUCUGUACUAAAACCUGACCUUAUUGAUGUACACGCCCAAUCCCUGGCAGCUCUGCAGGCUUAUUGCCACUGGCUGGCCCAGUUCUACAGCGAGGUGCAUCAGCAGAACCUGAACCAGUUUGUCUCCUUGGUCUCCACUGCUUUGGAAGCGAUUGCUCCGUUGAUCAGUUCUAAGGUACAGGAGAAGCUCCUCUUGUCAGCCUGCCAUCUGCUCGUCUCCUUAGCUACCACUGUGAGGCCCGUGUUUCUAAUUAGCAUCCCAACUGUGCAGAAAAUGUUCAACAGGAUAACCGACAGCUCUGCUCAACGCCUUUCGGAUAAGGCCCAAAUCCUCCUGUGCAGAUCCCUGUCAAACAUCUUGCUCCUCCCGUGGCCAAACCUCCCGGAGGCUGAACAGCAAUGGGCCAUUCGUUCAACUAACCAUGCCAGCCUCAUAUCGGCCCUCACCAGGGAUUACCGCAGCCUGAAAUCCAGUGCCAUCUUGCCCCAGAGGAAAAAUCAGCAGGACAAUACAAAGGUCCUCACCCACCGGACUCUCAGCGUCCUGGAAGACAUCGUGGAGAGCGUCUCUGGGGAAGCCACCAAAUCUCGUCAGAUCUGCUACCAGUCGCUGCAGGAGUCUGUCCAGGUCUCCCUUGCUCUCUUCCCAGCUUUCAUUCAUCAAUCAGACAUCACCGACAAAAUGCUCAGCUUCUUCCUGACCCUGUUCCAAAGUCUGAGGGUGCAGAUGGGGGUGCCUUUCACCGAGCAGGUGAUCCAAACAUUCCUCAACAUGUUUACCAGGGAGCAGCUGGCCGAGAGCAUCCUCCACGAUGGAAGCACCGGCUGCCGGGUGGUGGAGAAGUUCCUGAAGAUCCUUCAGGUGGUGGUGCAGGAGCCUGGCCAAGUCUUCAAGCCCUUCUUGCCAAAUAUCAUUGCACUUUGCAUGGAGCAAGUCUACCCGAUUGUUGCCGAGCGGUCAUCUCCUGAUGUGAAAGCUGAACUCUACGAGCUGCUUUUUCGGAUCUUGCACCACAACUGGCGGUACUUCUUCAAGUCCAACGUCCUGGCCAGCGUCCAGAGAGGAGUAGCUGAGGAGCAGAUGGAGAACCAAGCCCAGUUCUCUGCCAUUAUGCAGGCAUUCGGCCAGUCCUUCCUGCAACCUGACAUACAUCUGUUCAAGCAGAACCUGUUCUAUCUGGAGACUCUGAACACCAAGCAGAAACUGUACCACAAGAAGCUCUUCCAGGCGUCGAUGCUCUUCCAGUUUGUGAAUGUGCUGCUCCAGGUCCUGGUGCACAAAUCCCACGACCUCCUGCAGGAGGAAAUUGGCAUCGCCAUCUACAACAUGGCCUCAGUGGACUUCGACAGCUUCUACUCGGCUUUCCUCCCGGGGUUUUUAGCCGGCUGCGACAGGGUUGACACCAACCAGAAAAACGUCCUCGGGAGGAACUUCAAGAUGGACAGGGAUCUGCCGUCGUUCACCCAGAAUGUGCACAGGCUGGUCAACGACCUACGCUACUACAGACUCUGCAAUGAUAGUUUGCCCCCGGGGACCGUGAAGUUAUAGCCCGCGACGACGACGGACUUGACGUGUCCCUCUCCCGUUCAAGGAGUGGACCUGGUGUAGCCACUGCCUUUGUUCCUCCGAUCUCGGCGAGCCCUUCGGGGAUGCAGAGCGCCUCAACCCCCGUGCGGCUCAGGGCCCGGAGAGCAAAGGCCGGGCCCCUUCCUCCGUAUCUUCCUCCCAUCUCGACCUCACGGCUGAGUCAGCAGCUCUUUCCUCCCGCGGGGGGACUCGGAAACCCGGAGACCGGCCAUUCUCCCUCCCCUCCCCACACCCCGGCUGGGUGUUUUGUGUCUUAAUACCGUGGCAUUGAUUUAAGUCUACAGGUUUUCGGUGACUCGUCUUGUGCAGCCAUCACGAGGCGGAAACACCACCAAGUCUACUUGAGGGGGUCUUCCCACCUUCAUGCCAUUCCACCUGCUGCCCUCCCUUCCCGCCGUCGCUGAGAGGACCGAUACCCGCCUGCCCUCAGUCCUGUUUUUACAAUGCCUUGAACCCUCCCUUCCCUUGGCGAUUCAAAGAGGAAGCGAGAGAGAGAGAGAGAGAGACCAACAGACUGACUUCUGUUUCUUUUAUGAUUAUUUUUUAAAACUGUGGGUUUUGUUUUUAUUUUCCUUGUCAUUCCAUUGUGAUACUAAAACUGCUUCAUGGAAAUAAAAAAAAAGGCUUA